GGUCCGUCAUCAACCUGGAAUUCCUGAUGUCGCUGAAAGAAAAAAUGCCAGUGUGUAAGCCCAUCAUCUAUUUAUUGGGAAAAAUCAAGGAGGCUUGUAGCACUACUGAUUUAGGAUAUCACUUAACUCUCGAA